AUAUAAGAUUAAAAUUCUUGUUAUAUUUGACUUAUUCUUUGGUUUUUGCAGUCUUCUGCUGCUCAUGUAGCGUUUGCUUAUAUGUUGUGGUUUGCUGCAGUGCUUGAACUGGCCUUUUCCCUUAAAAGGACCCUCUGCUAGGGGAAAAACGUGAGCUAAGAAUGCCGAGCAAGGUAAAAUACGAAUGUGUCUCAUUUAGCUUCCUGGCUCUUUACAAACAGAGUAGAGCCACAGUUCUCUGGCUCUAAGUAUCCUGUUUUGAAGUUGUGUUGACUGUUGUCAGCACCCAGGUGUAGGGAUUUUAAUCUGGGACCAUAGAAGUGUGGUACUCCAGUGACUGUCUUAAAUGAAUAGUGAAAUGGUUACAAAGACAAAGUUACUUGCACGUUAACACGGCGGACAGACAGACAGACGCACAGUUCAGGUGCCUGGAAGCAUAUUGCGAAACUCCCUGAACAGUUCUGUGCGCUCUCCUGGGUUAAGUUCCCCAGGGGCUACUUGGUGUUUCAGAUCCCUGACCCUGUAGAGUAGUGUUUCCAAAACUGUUGCCUGAUAACCAGGUUCCUUAAGGACAGGACGGACGAGGCAUUACGUAAUUGGGUUAUUAUCCCAACAAACAGUUUUCCGCACGGGGAUGGCGCGGCAGGCGCGCAGGGUAACCAGUAGAGGCACGCGGAUGUCUCAGUAAAUCACCGGGAGCACCGGGGGGUGAAUGGUAGGAAAUGCAAGACCUGACAAAACGCUCACAGAAUGACCCAUUUCCUGCUCACGCAGGGGUGUGGUUUUAAAGGUCAUAUCUACCCUGGACACUGAGAGUACGCUUUCAAACAAGGAGACUUUGGAGUCGGUACAGAGCUCUGGUUUGGUUGCGGAGAAAGACAUUUUUAAAUGUGAAUAACAAAAAAAAAAAAAAAAAAAAAUUUGCAAUCCAAACGAAAUGAGGGAUUUUCCAAAUUUAGCAGUUCUUUCCGGUUUGAGUUGACCUUCUCGUGGCGGAAGCUCCGUUGAGGUUUGAUGUGGUUCAGCAGUUCAGAGGAAAGCCGGCCGCAGGGCACGCAUGCUUUGUCCGAUGACUGAUUUUGGUCUGGCGGCGAGCCCAGCUGUCGUUCAGGAAUUCAGUCCAAAUCGGACCUCUCCCCGCUGGCCUCGCCCCCUCCCGCGGGGUGGGCCUCCUUGGUCUCCAUGACGUCCGGGCAGCUGAAGUACGCGUCGCUGGGCGUGCUGGUGCUGCAGACCACGUCGCUGGUGCUGACCAUGCGCUACUCUCGCACCCUGCAGGGGGACGGCCCCCGCUACCUGGCCUCCUCCGCCGUGGUGUCCGCCGAGCUCCUCAAAAUCCUCACCUGCGCGCUGCUCGUCUUCAAGGAGCACAGCUACAGCUUGCGAGCACUGAACCGGGUGCUCACAGAGGAGAUCUUCAAUAAGCCCAUGGAAACGUUGAAGUUGGCCAUCCCUUCCGGCAUCUACACGCUCCAGAACAACCUUCUCUAUGUGGCUCUGUCCAACCUGGACGCUGCUACAUACCAGGUGACAUACCAGCUGAAGAUCCUGACCACAGCCCUGUUCUCCGUGUCCAUGCUGGGCCGCAGGCUGGGCGUGUAUCAGUGGCUCUCCCUGCUCAUCCUCAUGGCCGGAGUGGCACUCGUGCAGUGGCCCUCGGAUUUCCCCGCCAUCCCCCAGCAGAAGGAGCUUUCGGCGGGCUCUCAGUUGGUGGGUGUAGUGGCCGUGCUGGUGGCCUGCUGCUCCAGUGGCUUUGCGGGCGUGUACUUCGAAAAGAUCCUCAAGGAGACCAAGCAGAGUGUCUGGGUCCGGAACAUUCAGCUGGGACUCUUCGGCCUGGUAUUCGGGCUCAUGGGCGUGUUCGUGUACGACGGAGAACGGGUGAAGGAAUCCGGAAUGUUCCAGGGCUACAACGGAAUCACCUGGCUGGUGGUGGCGCUGCAGGCUCUCGGCGGCCUGGUGAUCGCUGCCGUCAUCAAAUACGCCGACAACAUCCUGAAGGGCUUUGCCACGUCGCUCUCCAUCAUCCUGUCCACCCUCAUUUCAUACUUCUGGCUGCAGGACUUUGACCCUACCAGUGUUUUCUUUGUGGGCGCGGUGCUGGUCAUCAUCGCCACCUUUCUCUACGGCUACGAGCCCAAGCCCUCCUCCAACCCCAGCCGGGCCUAGCCGCAGGCGGCCGCCGCCGCCGGAGGAAGAGCGCGAACGGGGGAGCGGGAGGAGGAAGAGGAGGAGGCACGACCCGGAAGGAGAGGACCGACGAAGAGCGCGCCUCGCCGGAGCGUGACGCACACGAGCAGUCGGGUUACCCGGAGCGGCGCGCAUGCGCAGCGCUAACAGAACCACAGGGAGCGGGGCGGGGCGGGGCCGGACCGAGCUGGGCUGCGCCCGCCUGCUCCCCUAGCCCUCGGCGGGUACGGGACCUCCUCCUACGCUGCUUCUAAACUCUCCCCAGGGGGAAAGUACCCCCCAGCCCAGCGCCCACUCAAGGACCCGGGGCAUCUCAGGGCCCGCACUGACCACGAGCCUCGCUGUGGCCCGCAUAGCAGGCCGGAACACAGCAGGGAAUUCUGGGACAGGAAACUAGGCCUGCGCAAAAACGUCUCCCUGCUGAAGUGUUAAAAGCCAUUAUUUUCAAAUUUAUUUUUGGAAGUCCAGCAAAAGUGAUUUUCAAAACUAUGAAUGUGCUCUGAAGAACUGUGCGGCGUGAAGUCGUACUAGGAUAAUAAACUUUUAAAGUAAUUCUU